GGAGAUAAUUCUGAAGAAAGUGGAAGAAGAAAAACUAAGAGUGGAAAAUAGCUUAAGCCAAGAGCUGGAUAAACUGCAACAGCAGAUCAUUCAUAAAGAACAAGAGUUAUCCCAGAUGUCAUCUGUCAUGAAAGAACAUGCAAACAACAUUGAGGACCUGAAGGUCAAAUUGACUGAGACCCAAACAAUAAAAGCAAUAGCAGGAAGUCAGCAUGAACAGAAUGAAGCUGCACUCAAGUCCAAGCUGGAAUUGCUAGAGAUGGACAUUGAGGAUAAGGACACAAUGAUUGAAGGUUUGAACACCCAGCUGGCCAACACAACAAGCCAGUUGCAAAACUGUCAGCAGGAGAAGAAUAACCUGAUGGCUGCUGUCCAACAAAUGGAAACUGAAUUGUCUGAAGUGAAAGCAGAAUUACAGUCCGGGACUGAAAAGUUGGCAUCGUGUCAGCAGGAAAAUGGUGCUCUGAAAGAUGGCAAUAUUAAUUUAAAAACGAACCUGUCAGAAAUCCAAUCAGUGCUUCUGAGCAAGGAAGCCACUCUGCACGAGCUUGAGUCAGAAUGUGACAAGUAUCAGGUCAUGAUAAAAAAUAAUGAAAACCUGAUUAAUCAAUUACAGAAUAAGGAAGAAAUUCUCACAGCCAGUCUUAGUGAAAUACAGAAUGCUUUGGCAGAGGAGAAAAACUUACUAGUCUCAAAAAGUUCAGAGGUUGAAAGUCUUAGCCAAAAUUGUGCUGGUCUUUCUGAAGAACUGGACAAUACUAAAAGACAACUUGCUGAGAAACAUGUUGUGACUGAAGUACAGAAGCAAAGUCUGAACCAGUUGGAAGUUAAACUGGAGCAAUUGGUGGCUGAGCAGAAAAUGCAAGAAACUAAAAAUCUUGAACUGUUGGAGCAAAUGAAAAAACAGGUUGAUGAAAAGGAUGAGGAGUUGAUCCAAAAAUGUUCCUUGUUAAAAGAUCUGGAGAACCAGACUGAUGACCUGAAGGGUAAACUGGCAGAAUCACUAAAGCAGAAAUCUGGAGGCGAGCAAGAACAUGAACAAGAGGCUGCAUUGUUGAGGGCCAAGCUGGACAUGUUGGAAAUGGAUGUGCAAGAUAAAGAUGCCAUCAUUCAAGAUCUGAACACACAGUUGGAGAACUUAAACAACCAGUUAAGAAAUCUAUCCAAUGAAAGGGGCCAAUUGUUAAGCUCAACAGCUUCCAUGGAAUUAUCUGUAUCUGAGUUGAAUGCUGAACUAAGCACAGCAAAAGAAAACUUGUCCAGAGCCAAGCUCAGAGAAGAUGAGAAUGUGGACAGACUCAAGAACCUGGAAGCAACUUUGGCAGAAAUGAGACUUUGUGUGGGGAAAAAAGAUGAUGACCUGUGUGAGC